AUGUUAGUUGUACGGAGGAUCCCUCGGAGAUCAAUGUUUAAAAUGAUGAUGGCCCGGAACUUUCUGGAUGUACUGCUUUCUCCACAUUCCCAUUAUAAGCCCCCGGUUGAUUUUGAUGCCACCAAGUACCGUAGAUGGGUAUCGGUGGUACCUCAGGAUGAGAGCAAGCCCCGCAUGGUUGAUGUCGCUGCAGAUGCUUGUAAAACUUCUGCAACCAAGUUUUCUAUCAUGACCUAUAACCUUCUUUCACAGCAUUAUAUGUGGAAGAAAGUGUUUGGAUACUUGAACCAAAACUAUCUUGAUUGGUCCGGGUAUAGAUUCCCCUUGAUCAAUAAGACAUUAGAACAAUUUCAUUGUGAUAUCAUGUGUUUCCAAGAAAUGGAAGCCCGGGUAUAUGAUGAGUAUUGGUCUCUGGCAUUCCCCGAGUAUUCUACCAUGUUCAUCAAGAAACCUAGUCCCAACUAUUGGGGUCACCAACCAGAAGAAUGUAUGGAUGGUGUCGGUGUAUUUAUUCGCAAGGAAAGGUUUGAAGUGCUUGCAUGUAAGAAAUUGCAUUAUGGUGAAUAUAUUACAGAGAACCCAGAUAAGUUUGAACUUACUCAAGAUAUGAAGGAAAGGGUUAUACCUAGAAACACUGUGGCCCUAUUGGUUAAGCUUUUAGAUAAGAAAACUGGAUCGAAAGUAUAUGUUACUAAUACUCAUUUAUAUUGGUCACCUCAAUUCAAUGACGUUAAAGUCAUCCAAACAAAAGUAUUAUUAGGAGUUUUGGAGGAAUUCAUUGAUAUAGAAGAUAGAUGUAAUCCCGUGGUGGUAAUGUGUGGAGAUUUUAAUUCUACCCCACACUCAGAUGUGUUUCAUUUAUUAGAAGAAGGACAAGUAGAUACAGAAACAUCUCCUGAAUUCACAAAUAAAUACUAUGGAGAGAUUCUCAAUGCUGAAAAAUUGGAAAAGGGCAAGAUCUUGAAUCCAUUCCUGUUGGCCACGGCAUAUAAAAAGCUUCUUCGAACAGACGGGCAUGGACUUGAGUUUACGAGUUACACACGUAGUCUCACGGCUGUACUUGACCAUAUUUGGUACUCUAAUGAUAUAUUUCAAGUUAAGAGGAUACUUGGAGAAGUUGACCAGGAAUAUUGCAAUAGAACUGAUGUCAAGGGGUUUCCCAAUCGUCAAUUUCCCUCUGAUCAUAUACCAUUAGUAGCUGAGUUGGAGUAUAAGUAG